UAAAAGAUUUGAAUUAGGGCAAGCUUACUCAAAUCAUAUUAAAAGUCAUAACAGUGAAGAUUCUAAUAUAGAUGAUGAGUUCAUUGAAAUUGAUGAUAAGUUCAUUGAAAUUGAUGAUGAAUCAAUUGAACUUGAUGAUGAGUUCAUUGAACUUGAUGAACCAGAAUUAUUCAAAAGUUGUAACAGCAACUUUAACAGGGAUUCUGAUACAGAUGGAAUAGAUGUUUGUUCAAUUGGUCAAUACUAUGAACAACAGUUUGAAUCUGAAUUAUUCAAACUUCAAGCAAAUAUCAAUGAAACAAAUGGUAAUCUUAAUAUUGAAGAAACAAUUCAUCAAAAAUUUAAUGGGUUGAAUAAUAAUUGUGAAUUGGAUGGUAAUUAUGGUCUGGAGGAUAUGUUGGAUUUUUCAUCUGAUGAAGAAGAUUUGCAGGAGUUUGAAAAAGAAAAAGGAUUAGAUCAUUUGAAUGAAGAAUUUCCUAAUCCAACAUAUAGGGAUUUUAUGUUACUUGUAACAAAGCACAAUCUUACCAAUAAAGAAGGAGAUGAUGUAAUCACAUUUAUUAAAGAUAAUUUCCAUAUAGAUGGAUCUAAUUCUUUACCAUGUUCAACAAAAAUAAGAAAAAGAUUUAUUAAUAAUAUUAAUGUGAGAAAAAGUAUAACUUAUGGGGGUAAUUCAUAUUAUUUAGAAUAUAGACCUAUUUUUUCAUGUAUACAAUCAUUAUUAAAUAGAAAAGACUUGGAAUUUGUUUUUAAUUAUCAAGAGAAAGUAGAAGUUCUUGAAGAUGGAUCAACAUCAACUCAACAAAUUUAUCAGGAGCAAUUUAAUUGUGAUUGGUGGAAACAAACAUCAAAUAAUUUGCAUCCUGAUGCAAAAAUAAUAUCAGUCAUACUAUAUUCAGAUGGUACUACAUGUGAUCACUGGGGUAAAACCAGUCAACAUCCUAUACAUUUAACUUUAGGAUAUUUACCUACAGAAAAAUCAUCUAAGGAUUUUAAAUAUAAAGCUCAAUAUAUAUUCCAUAAAUCUUUAGCAAUAAUUACUAGGCCUCCAAUUAAUAAUUACUAUAGUGAAGCAACUGCAUACUGUCUGACUUAUCAAUCAUCAAAUAGUCAAAAUCCAUGUCAUGUUUGUCUAGUUAAUAGGAGAGAUUUAAACAAUAUCUAUUUACAUGAAAAUGAAAUAAUUUUAAGGACUCCAGAAAAUAUGAAAAGUUGCUUAUUUUCAGGAACCCAAAAGGAUGCAUCAUUACAUCCAUUAUUUAAUCCAUUUUGGCUUCAUGAAUCAACUGUUCCUGAUAAAUUGCAUCACUUAGAUUUAGGUUUAUAUAAAUAUCAAAUUGAGUACACCAGAGAAGUCCUAAAAUAUCAUUGUGGAACACAUGGAAUAAAAAUUAUGGAUGAGUGA